UGCCUUGAACCAAACACUGAUUGUUAGUAUUUGUGUGUUUGAAAUGUAAAUUAUUGGAUGCACUACCAAAAAUACAGAACUAUGUUAGCUGAUCAUUGUGAGUGAGCAGUGCUGAAGUGAACAUGUGCCUGAUGUUUGUUUUGAUGCACACAAUGGAGAAAAAUAAUAGGUGCUGAAAAGUAGAAAAUCACCUUACCUAUGCUUUAAAAAAAUCAAGGACAAUCAAUGUUUUAAAUUCUCGUUUUAUCCAUGACGAGCUGAUCUCAGUCUGCGCUCUGAUGUUUGUAAGUUUCCUAUAGGGUAAAUGUGCCUAAGUUUGCGCGCUUCCUAAGAUUGCGCAGUAACGAUUUCUCAGAACCAGUGAGAGUUACAACAUUGAUACUGCCUUUACUUGAAAGAAGAAUCAAAAUGACCAUACUUCACGUUUUUUGGUGAUGGUAGCACCAAGUGUCGCGAAAUGACAAGCGAAAAACUUUUUUUUCAAUUUUUUUUAUAACUUUUCCAAUAAAAGUCGCACGUGAAAAUUUUUAUGGAAAUGGCAGUAGAAAUCUAAAUAAGCUAUUUUUAGAUUCGUCAUUGUCUGGGGAUUAUAACAAGCACAUAUUUCAAGUACUUUCUGCUUUAAUUAGGUUUCAAUUUUUCAAUUUUUCAAAAAAACACCCCUGUGCCUAAGAUUGCGAUUUUUAUUUUUUGCUACUUUUCUAAGACUAAUAAUGAUACUUUUCAAAAUUAUCAUUAAGAAUCCAAUUUAUUUGAAUGAAAUGACACCUUAUACACGUAUAUCGAGUUUACUCCUUGUCAAAAGCUAGGGAGAAAUGGGCGUAAUGCUGGAAAUACCAGAUAUGAGCGCAUUUCCAGUGUGGUUCACUUAGAAGUUUCAAAUGCACAUUCGUGUGAGACAUUUUGUUUGCUUUCAUCAUUAAUUAAACAAUAUUGACGAAUUUUUAUGUUUUUCACUGGUGUACAAUCUUGAGAAGGUGAAUGCGCAAUCUUAGGAAGGCAUAUGCCUAAGUUUGCGCAUCUGACUUUUUUUGGUUUUUGGUCAAAAUAUCAAAAACUAAAUCGAUUAAAAAUUUUAUUUCUGGGGCAAAUCAUAGCCAAAUGUUUGAGGAACCUUCUGUACAAAUUUCAACAUUCUAGCUGCUUUUCAUAAAAAGUAGUGGCUGUUUGAAAAUUAGGUGCGCAAACUUAGGCACAUUUACCCUAAGGUAAAAACAACAAAGAAAGGUUUCCAAGGUCACUGCUCCUAAAUUUGCAGCAAACGAGCAACAGAUGAGCGGGGCUCGCGGGAAAAAAGUGGUAUAACAUCUCUACAAAUGUAGAUUUUCCAAAUAGGCUGGGACGGGUGAGUUUAUUGUCAGCAUAAUUUUGGUUCAUUAAACAACUGUAGGAUUAAAAAAAUGUAAACAAUGUAAAUAUGUACCUGAAUGUUAGAAUAGUAUCGUGCCCCGGCUUAUCAAGUUUUGACAAAAUUCUGAUGAUAAAUGCAUCAGUAUCUUCCUUCUUUGGAACCUAUUUCUGUUAUCAGUGUAUAUCCCUCAUUGGCACUGUUAUCAAAUAAAAUUUAAUUUUGAUGCGACGCAAUAUCUAGGAACGACUAGUUUUGUUUCUGACCAUCGACUAGUCGCAAUUAGAAAUAUUUGUGUACUACAUACCUCAUAUGAAAUUAAAAUAUAUUACUUGACGAAAAAUGGCUACCUACCCUUACAUUGUAUGUACUUAUCCAACUCAUUCAAUGAAUCAUGAGGAAUUUUUUGCAAUUGCUCCAUGGAUACACGAUACCAAUAUGAUUGCUUUCUUUGUGGUUUGAUGUCGCUAAGGGAGUCUUCACAAACUGUUUAAAAUUAUAAAACAAAUAGGAAUUAUUUUAAUACAUACCUCCAAAAGGUUUAAAAAAAUUGCUGCGGUUACUGACCUGGAAAAUGAUGACUUUUAUGGAUGAGUCAACAUAUUCAUAAUUAAUGAAAACCCCUAGUACUGCUUUUAAUGUGGCAAGGCCAUUUCUUGGCGUCGAUUCCUUUUUCUUUACCAAGAGCUAUCUAAGACAUUUGUUAUCAAACAAUCCACAACACCUAGUAACAUCGCCAGUUUUUAAAUUUCUGGUCCUACGGCAAUUUGAUCUUCGAGUUCAUCGACAAUUUUGAAGAAAGUUGAUUUAAAAUGAAAAACAGAUAUGAAAUUUUAUUUGCAAUUUUGUAGUAAACAUCAUACAGAUCGAAUCACUGAGAUGGGCAAUCAUCUUAUAGUUGUUCAUUUCACUGUGGUGAGGUGAGUAACUUUGAUGAAGAAGUUUGAAAUGUAAAUUAUUGGAUGCACUACCAAAAACACAGAACUAUGUUAGCUGAUCAUUACGAGUGAGCAGUGCUGAAGUGAACAUGUGCCUAAUGUUUGUUUUGAUGUAUACUCAUACCUACAUACAUAUAGGAAGAAUAGUAUAAAUUAUUACAACAUACAUUCAUAUCAAUAUUAUGACCACAUCGCUACCGUCGUCAUCGUCGUAUAGGAAUGGAUAUGCAUAGAAAGUAAAAGUUGCUACGAUCAAAUACACCUUGCUACGUAAGGUAGGUAGGCAGGUAGCGACGAGAGAAAAAUAUACUGUAGAGCGAGAGGGAAUAAAAAUAGAGAGGUAACCUUAAUAAGUGCGAAUGAGUUAAUAAUACAUAAUAAUAAUACACUUGUGAGAAAAAGAGUGCAUCUGAGACUCCAGCGGUGGCCCAAUGAAGAGCAUAAGGAUGGAAACGAUGCAACAGUGGAGAUGCAGACGCCAAACAGAGCGUCGAUUGUGGCGCUGUCUGUGUGUAAAUUGUUCUGUACGAGUUGUUCAACACCACGAGGUUGUGCCGAAUGGAUUAAAUUUUCUCACGUUGAUAUCAAUUUAACGAAGCCGAUUCGACGAUACGGUUGAUAUCGCGAACACCGAUACAUUUGCGCGCCGAUUAAAUUUCGUGUUUUUUUCAUCAUCGUGAAAUUUUGCGAUAGUAAUCGGAGUGAGCAAAUUGGAGGAUUUUUUCUCGACGAAUAUAUUUUUGAGCAGGAAUGAAUGUAACUGCAAAUUAUGAAGCUGGAUCCGAAUUCGACUGUAUCUAGAGCAGCCCAGAUGGCGUCGACGAUAGGAAGAUUAUCGAAAUUCGAUAUUUCGCAGACUUUACCAGCGACGACUACAGAUUCGAUCGUAUAUAACGUGACAGUAAACGAUUACGAAACCGAUGCGGCAGAUUUGACUACACCGAUUAAAGAUUUAAUUAGCAAAUUAAGCAGUAGUGGUAGCGUUCCUAGUACUACAGUUCCUAGCACCAACGGUGUCGAAGCCGACUCGUAUUUAUCUAUUAGAAACGUAUCGUCGUUAUCAUGCCUGCAUCAACAUAUCCCCUCGGUUCAUCAGUAUCUGGCAGCCAUAAAUAUAGCCGGAGUUACCAUAUUUACACUGGGGGCGUUAGCAGUGUUAGUGAUAUUGUAUAUGUACAUCGAUACUUUGAAACACGUGAUGAAAUAUGCUCCACCGCUGGCCAAAGCUCAUUCGGCGUUUGUACUCAGCGUUUACCCGGUGGUAGCUGUAGCGACGUAUUGCGCUAUUGUGGUACCUAGGGCUCAUCUUUUGGCCGAGGCGAUGACUCAAGGCAUGUUUAUGGCCUGCCUUUACCAACUGUUUUGUUUAUUGGUCGCCUACUGUGGAGGAGAAGCGGAGCUUAUUAAAAGAGUCAAACCAGAUUCGUUGGUUUUAAGGGUGCCUCCGUGCUGUUGUUGGCCAUGCUGCUUCUGUUUGCCACUUUUACCAGUGAACAAAACAAAUAUGAAAAGACUGAGAUUAUUAGUGUUACAAUUACCAGUUGUUCAAGGAUUAGUGUACAUGGUUUUAUUAGUGAUGUGGGCCGAAGAAGAAAGUCUGUACCAAGUGAACUACGUUUACAUGCAACCAGUUAUAAUAUUCUCGAUAUUAUGCGGCAUUUGGGGUAUAAUAAUGACGAUGACGAUGCUGGCUGACGUUCUUAAAGAGCACAACAUCCGAGGAAAGUUCUUCGUCUUGCAGUUCGUUCUGCUAUUGGCUAAAUUCCAAGGACUGCUUGCAAGGUUCGCCAUUACCAGCGAAUUAUUCCCGUGUAAAAUACCAAUAACUCCGACAGUAUAUGCUAAUUUAAUUUACAAUACAUCGAUGCUAUGGGAAAUGAUAAUAUUAAUGUACAUCGCUCGUAAACUCUACAAACAACCAGUCAGCGAUUUAUCCGGCGGUAAAGGACAAGUAGCUCAUAUCUGUCGUGUGAUCCCGUGCCCUUGCAAUUGUUUGGAGAAAAACAACAACUCGCAUAUUAACCCUGUAAUGAAAUAUUAAUUUUCGGGCUACGCGAUUAUAGUAAAAGUAUUACGAUCACCUAGUGAUGAAAAAUUUUAGGUACCUGUAAUAGGUACGCGUUUUAAAAAAUACUCGAGGUAUUGUAUUGUUUAGUAGACGAUCUCGCUCGAAGGGGGAAAAUACCGAUAAAUUUGUGAUGUUUGUGAUAGAAUGGAAAUCUCAGGCCGUGUACGAGGCAUUUUUUUGUAUUUCUUUGUCUUUUAUUAUUUUUGUAUGUACGUAUUGUUGCAUGUAGUAUACGAUUAGUAUUUAUUGUUUUUACGUAGGUAAUAUCGUUUCCAUGCGAACGAAUAAUAUUGUUCUUUUGUUACGGUCAAAAUAAACGUAUAAUUUUAAAUUACCGA